UGUGUUCAGUGUGGUGACUGUCAGUGAGGUGAUACAGAUACAAUAAUUUAUCAAGACCAUAAUAUAAUUCCAGGCAGUGGAUUUUUUUAUACUGUAUUUCUAAUCCCACUAAUGUUGAACAGUGCUUUAUGUUGGCUAUCUCCUGCUACUCUAUAAAUAGUUAGAGGGUCUGUGGGUCUGACACUCUGCUCUGCCUGGCACUUGACUGUGCGGAUCCGCUGACAGCAUGAAGCCACGCUUUCUGUCCGCGCUGCAGCGCAACGACGCCGCUGAGGUGGACGAAAUCUUCCGCACCAGCAACUUUGAUAUAGACACCGUGUUCGACGUGGAGGACAGGGGAAGAGUUCUGGCGUCCUAUAAACAAGGCUACUGGCUACCAGAGCAUAAGCUGGAGUCCUCCUGGGCAAUGGGCAUUCACAUAUGCAUGAUGAACAAUGCGGUGGAGAGUGCCUUAGUGCUUCUGCAGAGAGGAGCAGCGGUGAAUAAAAAGCCCAAUGGAAAAACACCGCUUCAUGUGGCAUGUGAAGUAUCUCAUGCUGACUGUGUGAGUCUGCUGCUUAACUGGGGGGCAAAGAUCAACAGUGUUUCUCUGAGUGGACACACCCCAUUGCAUUACUGCAUCAAGGAAGAGUCAGUGGAAUGUGCCAGACAGCUAAUACUCAAAGGAGCAGACAUAAAUAAGCCUAGCCAGAACCAUGAUGAAGAUACUCCAUUACAUAUAGCCGCACGCCUCGGUAUCCCUGGGCUGGUUGGCCUUUACGCUUCGCACGGUGCUAAGGUGAAUGCUCCCAAUGCCCUUUUGGAGACCCCUUUAAUCACUGCAGCAUUCUGGGCGAUGGAUUCCCGUGAGCAGACUUACAGUGAGCAGCACCAUCUUGUCUGCCGCAUGCUUUUGGAUUAUGGAGCCAAACCAAACCUCCAGGAAGAAGACAAAAAAACAGCACUGCACAAAGCCUCAUGGAACUGCGACGAAGCGCUAAUGGAGAUUCUGCUCGAUGCUGGGGCCGAUCCCACGAUCAUGGACAUGAACGGCGCUGGAGCCCUUCAGUAUGUGCUAAAUGCGAUACGGAUGAGACCUUACUGUGUGCCAUAUCGCUGCUUCCAGCUCCUGCUUAACCACGGAGCAGCCAGAGUCUACCCAAAACACUUCCACAAGGUGCUGCAGAUUUGCCAUGAUGAUCCCAAGACAGUGGAGGUGAUGGCAAAUUCCUACGAGCAUCUUACAAGUACCACAAAAUGGAAGAAUGCUAUUCCUGAGACAACAUACAAGCUUUUACCAGCAGCAUCCAGUGCAACAACAGACUUCCUCAGGCUUUAUCAGCUGUGUGUUCAAAGUAUAAAACAAGAUCCUGCAGGAGGUAACACCAGGGUUAAAGCCCAAUAAUGAACUAUUUUUUUGAUUACAUCAUUAACAAUUUCAACCAUUGACUUCAUCUGCUUCAGUUAACCCAUACCAGUUAAAUGCAUACACACGCAAUGAAACACACAAGAAAUCCCAACAGUAUUCUCUUCUUUUAUUGUAUGAUUUCAAUAAAUUCAGUGGAAAAAGAAACGCUACCGUCAAAAAGCACGGCAUGUGCAAAACAGUUAAGUGGUUUACAAAACAGGAAGUAAAUCACACUGAUGAUUUGCCUCGACAGUUACGGUUCCUGGCCUGUGUCACGUCCACAGGACUAUAAAUAAAGAUGGUGAGGUAAAAGUAACAACACGCUGUAGUGCAC